GAAAGACGCCUCCUAUGACGUCUUUUGGGUCCUUUGACGUCACCGUGUAUUAUUUUGGGAACUGGCUGCUACUUACCUCUUGAACCAAACUGCGUGUGCUAAUUAUCUUACAUGUCACUUUUGAAACCAAACGCAGUUGACUGGUUUAUAAUUCAAAUGCUGCAUUACUUUAGUCUUCAGCUAAAAUAACCGGUCGAACGUGUCUUCGUUAUUUUGCUCAUUCCUGGUAGCUAGGAAUGUUAGCGUGCUCGCUCCGAGGCUAAUAACAAUAAGAAGGCUUGUCACUUUGAUUUAUGUCUGAUUCUGUGCAUAUGAAAUAUACUGGCGUUGCUUUGCCAACGUCCUUAAUGGUCAGUAGUAUACAUUAUUAGCUCUUACUUGUGGAUAACAACAUUGUAAUAUGGCGGAUUCGAGUCUAACUGAUGUCACCGUGAAGACUCUGGAUUCACAGAGCAGGAGCUAUCAAGUCGGGGGCGAGUUGACUGUGAGGCAGUUCAAGGAGCACAUAGCGUCAUCAGUGGAGAUCCCAGUGGACAAGCAGCGGCUCAUCUACCAAGGCAGAGUGCUACAAGAUGACAAAACGCUGACUACGUACAAUGUACACGGAAAGGUGAUUCAUUUGGUGGAGCGUGCCCCACCUCAAAGCACCGGGACUGGCUCAGGGGGUGCAGAGGUAUCCAAUGAAGGGACAGCAGAGGACAGCAGCGGUCAUAUUGCCGCCUCCCCACCUCAAGAUCGCAACGGUUACGUGAUGCUCGGGACUUUCAACCUCCCUGUCAACUUUUUGGAACCCCAAGCCGUACAGCAGAUGAUGCCUGGAUUAGGUGAGUCUGGAAGAAAUGCCCGGGUCAGCACCAGCACAGGGAGCAAUGGCUCGCUGAACGUGCAGAUUAAUUUGGACCAGUCGGUGCAGAGCGAAGCUCGGAUGAGGGUGCAACUGGCUGAGAACCUGCUUCGGAGUGCUCACGCUCUGAUCCAAAGGCUGGAGGGUGUUUCCGGUUCGCAGGCAGAAUCAGAGUUGCCUCACACCUCUUCAUCCUCAACAGCAUCGUCAACCUCGGGCAGAAUCGCUGAAGAAUCACUACCCAUGGAAACCAAUGCUCCCCCUGCUGCAGCAGCAGCAGCAUCCACCUCAACACAGACUGAAGGGGCACCCAACACACCACCCAAUCACCUGAGGCCAGCAGAGUUUGUUGCCAUUCUGUCUGAGGUGCGGAGGGUGGAGGAGAGGUUACGUCCUUUCAUAGAGAGGACCCACUCCAUCCUCGGGGCGGCCACGUCGGCAGACUACAACAACAAUACACAGGAACGAGAUGAGGAUCAACGCGUUCUCAACAUGGCUGGAGAUGCGCUACGUCUUCUGGGCAAUGCUUUGAUUGUGCUGGGUGACCUUCGCUGCAACCUGGCGAGCCCUCCUCCACGUCACCUGUAUGUGCUCCGGCCCGUGACUCAGCAUAGCCAUCCUGUCCUAGUCCGGUCCGGUCUGCCGCACGUGCCCAUUCCGGUAAACGUGGGCACGGCAAACGGAGGACCUGCUGGAGAAAACCUUGGCCGGCCAUCUCGAUCCGAUCACCUCCCUUCCGCGCAGGCUCCGCCGCCUCCUCCUCGUGCCAACGAGACCACGGAAGGAGCCCGGGUGAUCAGGAUCACCCACCAGACUAUGGAGCCUGUCGUCAUGAUGCAUAUGAACAUUGAUGGUGAUACAAGUUCUGGACCGCCAAAUGCCACAGGUUCAGUGCAACCAGGUGAGUGCGUCUUUGGAGUAACGUUGAUACUCGCUAUGCUAAAACUAAACUUUCCAUCCAUCCAUCCAUCUAUGAACUUGCCAGGAUUGCCCCCAGAGUUCAUGCAAGCCAUCGUCCAGCAGAUCUCCCACCAAGCAGCUACCGUGGCGGCGGCGGCGGCUUCAGCCAAUCAAGCGACACACACGACGGGCUCCGCAGUCGGUCAUGAAGGGAUGGCUUCUUCGGCGCCGCCCGCUCAGGCCAGAGUGAUCUUCACCAGACCACCGUUCUCCCCCCAUAUCUCACAUCCUACGGGAACGAGAGGGACCUCCAUCAACCUCCGUGCUGCAAUGCCUGUAGCAGGCCAACAAGCAGGACAGGGCACACCUGUAGUUGGCUCCUCCCUCGCCCAGAUGAUCAGCAACCUGGUGGGACAGCUUCUCGUGCAAGGCGAUACGACAAGUUAUUCAUCUUCAGCCAGCUCCCAGUCAUCCGAAUCCUCCGCAUCUCCUAUUGGUCCCUCUGUCAACACUACUGGCCAGGCGCCGCCACCGCCAUCGGCACCGGCACCACCGCCAUCGGGAGUAUCUGUGGAUCAACCACUAGGUGGCAGUGCUGGGGCAAACCUGGCCCAACUCCUGGGCUCUAUGCUGCCUGGAAGUGGAAGUUCUGCUUCUGGUUCUGGUUCUGGAGUGGCACCCUCCAUCACUGUCACUCUGCCUGGCUUAUUUCAGAACAUGUCAGACUUUGUGCCGCCGGCUGCCGGCGACACGACGGAAGAGUCCGCCUCGCAGACAGGCGGCUCUCUGAGCCCGGAGCUUUUCACCGGCAUCGUGCAAGGAGGGCUGUCGACGAUGACCGGCUCGCUCGGGGCGGCGCAGCAUGGCAACGGAGAGAGCAUCGCACAGUUUAUUCAGAGUCUUUCUCAGAGCAGCAAUCUCUUCACACCUGGAUCGGGAGGGGCCGUGGGCUUCUUUGGCGACCUGUUGUCUCUGGUGUGUCAGAGCUCUUCCAUGAUGGACGUGGUGCUGUUGCUUCACGGAAACGCUCAGCCUCUGAGCCGCAUCCGUCCCCAGCUGACUGAAUUCUUCAGCCAUCACUACCUGCGCGGCGGCCAAGAGCCCACUGACGCCAACGUGGCUAGAGCAGCUGAUGACCUCAUCAAUGGUCUGGAGGAGUACAUUGCGGAGAGCUUUUCAAAUGUGGCGGUACGCGAUGGAGUGGACAUCGUUCAGAGCAACCUAGCUUUCCUCAGGCAACAGCUCACAGGGAUAGCCUCACAUGUGCUGCGCUGCAAUGAUGCCACCUUUGGCCCCUCUCUGCUGUUGCUGUGCACCCAAGGUCUGUUUGAGUGUCUUGCCCUCAACUUGUAUUGUCUGGGAGGAGAGCAGAGAGCUCUGACCGCUGUCAUCAACCGCCGCAUUAGGAGAAUGUUCUCAGAAGGGAAUCCCAGUUUGUUGAACUGUUUGACCAGUAUGAUGUCUAUGAGGUUGACUCCUAUUCUGGAGCACAACCCAGUUACCCGGGAUCACAUUCGGCGCUACGUCAUACUCGUAUCGGAAGACCAGAGGGCAGCAGCAGCAGCAGAAUCAGCAGCAGCAGCAGCAGCAGCAAAAGCAGACACUGGACAACAGCCAGCUGAGAGUCAGAAUGUAGAGAUGGAGGAGACUUUCUCUCCAGCAACCACAGCAGAGGAGGCCAAGGCAUGGUCCGGUGACGGCCGAGAGAACCCGCCCCCGGGAUCUGCCGUGACCCCGCCCGGACGGCCGGAGCUGACCCGGGAGGUGGAGCCGUGGGCAGCGUCUCUUCCACCGGAAUGGGUUCCAAUCAUCAGGCACGAUCUGCAUUCUCAAAGGAAGCUCCGAGCACAGCCGCCGCUGUCUGACGCCUACCUACACGGGAUGCCCGCUAAGAGGAGAAAGAUGACGCAGGGCCAAGGACCCCGCCUCUCCUUGUCAGACGCCGUCAGUCGAGCCGCUCGCUCUGCUGGAGCCCUGCCGGUUACUGCCGCAAACAGCCUCCAGGGAGAGCUGGAGCGUCCCGAUUUGCAGGAUGCCUAUGCCACACAGGUCAAGAAGGACAUCAAAGCGCGAGUGCUCGGAGAUCCCGACUACAACGCUCAAAAGUUCCCCAACACGCAUCGAGCUUUCUCCUCAGAUGACUCUUAAUCUGCAGAAGAUGCAUAGCAGAAUGUGAACACGAGUCAAGUGUGUGUGUGUGUGUGUUCCUGUGCUCAAAUAUUUGUGUGACGGAUGCUUUCAUUUGACAGAGUCAUUCUCAUUUUGGGAGUAUUCGAAAAAGAUUCAAUACCAGUGAGCAUUUGGAAAGUGGAACGUGUUGAGAAAAUGAAAUACAAAAUGUUUUCUUCGAACAUAUAAAACAUGGUACAGUACAAACGUGUUACGUUAGCUUUUAAAUUGCUGUCAAGUUGAACUUCAUGUUAUAACCCACCUCAUGUCGUAGAGAUCAUUACAUCAGAUGAAAAAUGCUUUAACUCAUUUGUAUUUUACUCUUUUACAUGAUGAUUUUUUCAGUCAUUCGUAUUUUACUAUUUUAUAGUGAGCUUUAAUCAUGUUCCAUAGCAGUAUUAGAUCAGCUUCCCGAUGCAGUGAAGGGGAUAUUACGUCAAUAUUUGGAUCACGCAACAAGCGGAUGGAUGGAAAUAAAGUCUCUUAUUUCAAAUGUC